AUGCUGGGCUCUAAGCCUUACCCCGCUCCUUUGGUGAUCGCACCUCAAAAGAGCGACCAACAUACCCAUACAAUUAUUCUUCUCCAUGGCCGUGGCAGCAACGGCGAGCGCUUUGGCCAGGUCUUCCUCGAAUCAACCGACAUCGCGCGACGUCUGCCAACAGUGAAAUUCGUCUUCCUGACCGCUAGGAAACGUCGCUCCACGGUGCUAAAACGGAUCCCCAUCAACCAGUGGUUUGACAAUUACUCAUUGGAAGAUCCAAACACCAGGACGGAUUUACAGGUCGAUGGACUUGAGGAAAGUAGUCGUUUUUUGCGCGGAUUGAUUGAUGAAGAGACACGCCUUUUGAAUGAUGAUUAUAGUCGCGUCAUCAUCGGGGGACUGAGUCAAGGUUGUGCCACGUCCGUCUUCUGUCUUCUUGGGGGCUUUCCUGAAGAUGGCGAGACCAAGCAGCUUGGCGGAUUUAUUGGAAUGAGCGGGUGGCUGCCUUUUCAACGAGAGAUAUUGAGGUUGUUGGGAUCUGGUGAAGAUGAGUCUGUGACUGAAGAUGAUGAUCCUUUCUCUCAUGACGAUUCGGAUGGUGAGAAUGUCCCGGGACAUAUCCAGACGAUCAAUCAUAUUCGAGAUAUUCUUGGCCUCCCGUCUUUGCAGCAACCUUCCUUGUCCAACUUACAUGCGCCUGUGUUUCUGGGGCAUGGCGCAGCAGAUCCUAAAGUGUCGGUAGACCUAGGACGGCACAUGGCAUCUACCCUUUCCGAGGCGUUCGGGAUGGACGUGACUUGGAAGGUGUAUGAAGAGUUUGGACACUGGUAUAAAGUGCCUGAUGAGAUUGAUGACGUUGUGUGCUUCUUGAAGGAAAAGGUUGGGGUCCCGUGUGUCGAUGUGCUUUGA